AUGGUAGUGGAAGAUGUUAAGAAAAGUAAUAGUUUUUGGGCUCUGUUCAACAUGAGACGCAACCGUUCAACCCCAAGCGCUGAGGACAUACGUACACUCUGUCGGUCUCCUGAUGUUUGCAGAUCCUGGUCCAGGGAAGACCAGAUUAGGCUGUGUUAUUUGGUCAUCUUGACAGGCGGUUUACUUGCACUUGAUCGAAGAGAAGCUAUCCCUCCUGCUAAAGCAAAGUUGCUUAUGGAUUUGGAUAUUUUCGAGCAGUAUCCCUGGGGAAGAGUGGCUUUCGUUGAACUUGUUCAGCAGAUUAAAGACGCAAUAGCAACGAAAAUCAAGGCCAACAGUUAUGUCUGCAAGGGGUCAAAUGGUCCAUGCUUACUGAGGUUCAAAGGCAAGUAUGGAAAGCUCUCCUUGGGUUCUAUACUUGAGGAAGCAAAGGUAACUUGUAUGUCCCCGCGAAGCGUAGAUGAAGUUCAUCCAGUUUGGGAACACCAAGAUGAGAAUCCUGAGAUUGACAAUCUCUUGGAGUUAGUUCGCCAAGACGAUUCCUUGAGUACCAUUACUUGGCAAGCCCUGCCGGAGUACCCUUUGACACCGAUUGAAUGUAACAAACGUGGGCGGGUUACAAGCCAGAGGAAAUCAAAGAAACCAAAGAAGGUGGCAAGCGACGGGAAAGAGAACAUAGCAGAUGGAGGUGAAAAACGUGAUGAUAUUGCAAAAACUGAAGAGGAACUGCCAUUUGAGAGGCAAGGCAUAAAUGUUGGAAGGAGUGCACCACAAACAGAAAGGGAAGAUCACCCAGACAACCCAGAGGAAGAGAAUGCAUGA